AUGCCGAGCUCUGCGGACGAACGAGAGACUUUUCGCCUCGAAGAAAAGAAGGGAGAGCGGUCGAAUUGGGACGAAGUAUCGCCCCCCUCCGGUAAUAAAACAUUGAGAGACGAAGUUGGGCCACCGCCCAUGAGCACGCCCUUCGAGCGUCGCGAGCAAGCCACCCGCCUACAGGAUGACCUGAUACUCGCACAGGCCGAGCGCGUGGCAUCGCGCUCCACUCAAAGCGGAGAGGGCGAAUACAGCGAGCACAACACCAUGAGCCGAACACGAUCCCGUCGCGCUGAGGCCGUCGACGAGUUCAACGAGGCUACCAACCCCCUCCACGAAAAGGCCGCGGUCUACAAACCUCCCGAGAACCCUAACACCAAGCUCUCUGCCUUUGUGAAGAAGAUACACCAGUCCAGUUUCAUCGUUCGCUACCUCACCUAUAUCAUGCCUAUGGUCCUGAUCCUCUUGGUCCCAUUGCUUAUUGGUUCGCUCAAAUAUUCCAACUCCAGCGUCGGCGGCGUGGAAUUGAUGUGGUUUUCGAUUUGGCUGGAGAUCGUUUGGUUGACCCUGUGGGCAGGGCGUGUCGUUGCAAAAUGCCUGCCAUCCGUUGCGGGCACCCUCGCCAGUAUCUUCACCAACAAUGCAAAGAAGUGGCGCGAUAUGGUCAGGCAGCUCGAAAUCCACCUCACACUUUUCCUCUGGUGGCUCGCUGUAGAGAUCUCGUUUCUACCCACGAUGAAGAAUCACCAUGUGGACGGUGAUAAGACCACGAGAAGUUGGGAGAACACGCUUAACAAGAUCAUUAUUGUUGUUUUGGUGUGGACGAUCCUAAAUUUGAUUGAGAAGGUCAUCAUCCAGCUUAUUGCUAUCAGCUUCCACCAGCGCACCUACGCUGACCGCAUUGAGAUCAACAAGUUCCAGAUCGGCAGCUUGACCAAGCUUUAUCAGUGGUCGCGCGCGCAGAUUGAUGAUAAGGACAAGGUGUUUGAGGAGAAUCACGACCAACAGACCUCCCGCAAGAACCCCCUACAGUAUGCCACUAUGGCUGGGCGCGCUGCGAGUAAAGUCGGCAACAAGGUCGGCGAUGUAGCUAAUGGCGUGGUCGCUGAUUUCACCGGCCGCCAGGCGAAGAGCAGCAGCGAUCCAUAUCAGGCUAUCCUCACCUUGCUCCGCUCUACAUCUGGCUGCCAAGUCCUAGCUCGGCGCCUCUAUCGUACUUUUGUGCGCGACGGCGACGGCUUCGACACGGUUUUCUCGGGUGACCUAAAGGAGGCGUUCGAUAGCAACGAGGAGGCGGAGGCUGCGUUCGCCAUGUUCGAUAGGGAUAUGAACGGAGAUAUCUCUAUAGAAGAGCUUAAAGCCGUGUGCGUCGACAUUGGCCGUGAGCGUAAAUCUCUCACUGCAUCACUGAAGGACCUCGACUCGGUUGUGUCUAAGCUAGACGAAGUCUUCGUGUUCUUUGUUUUCGUCAUUUCCCUUAUAGUCUUCCUCUCGCUGAUCUCGACUUCCGCUGCUGGUGUGCUUACCUCUGCUGGCUCUACAAUCCUAGCUUUAUCUUGGAUGUUCUCUACUACUGCCACCGAGUUCUUACAGUCUAUCAUUUUCGUCUUCGUUAAGCACCCAUUCGAUGUUGGUGACCGCGUCACUAUCUACGGUAACUCUGGUGACGUUGGUCUCGGUGAUGACUACUUCGUUAAGGAGAUUACCCUCCUAUAUACCGAGUUCAAGAAGAUGCAGGGCCAUGUGGUCCAGGCGCCAAACAGCUACCUCAAUACGCUUUUUAUCCUCAAUCAGCGCCGCUCGGGUGGUCUUUCUGACCCCGUUCCGAUUGUCAUCAAAUACGGAACUACUAUUAAGCAGAUGGAAGCACUUCGCCAGCGCCUACUAGAGUUUGUUCGUAGCGAGAAGCGCGAUUACCAGAGCAACAUUUUGACCGAGCUUCGCGAGGUAACUGAAAAUCUCUCAGUGACCCUCAACGUCAUAUUCUUCUACAAGUCCAACUGGCAGAAUGAGGGUCUUCGUCUGCUGCGGCGCAACAAGUUCAUCUGCAUGCUUAUGAUCGCACUUCAAGAGAUCGGCAUCGAGGGACCUCGCAUGAACCUCCAGGGUUACACAUCCGAUACGCCAUUCCACGUCCACUAUGACAACCAGCCCCCGAGGGUAUUCAAACCCAAGCACGAGAAAAACUGGGAGGCCGAAAUCCCGAUUGGCGGACCUUCCCACGCCGUGCCCGAGAACAUAGGUACCAGCGCUGUCGGCCCAGCCGGCACCCACUCCAUCCUACGUAAGGGUAUGGACUCCGUGGCCGGGAGAGCUCGCAGCCAGUCCGCCUCCCGCAAACACAUCGACUUCUCCCUGGGUAUGUCGGACUUCUCGGGCGACGUGAUGGGUGACGUCUUCGAAGACCACUCCGCGCACAUUAACGACGUCGUCCGCGACACCAACCGCGAAACUGCCGAGCGCCGCAUGCAAGAAAUUUCCGAGGAUGGAAAGGAUCGUCACAGCGAUGGUACGUCGCGACACCGUCGUCCCUCAAACCACAGCAGCCCCUCGCAGGAUAGCCGUCCCUCUGUCGACGCCCCCAGCAUCCACAGCAGCGCCUCGUCGACCCGCAACCGCUUCUUCCGGCACCAUAGAAGCAUCAGUCCCCAUUGUGAAGAUCUGGAGUCUGGUCAUACCGUCUGCCCUGAUGCCCCAACUGCGGCAGGUUGCUCUAAUGCGAAAGAUUGA